GGAAACUUUUGCACAUGCACAUAGGUUGUCUACCAUCCGGUCCCUAACUUCCACUGAUAUUAUGACGCUCAGACGACAGGCGGCAAAUGUGUGUAUCAGUUGCAACGUCGUCCAAUCCCUCCUACCUUUUUCUUUAGCGGGGUUGCCAGUCCCGGUUGACGACUCCGCGACUCCUUUCCUGCCUUCCCCGCUCGACGAGCUCCCAAUGUGGUGACCACCUCACAGGAGAGGGUUUGGAGAGCUAGAGGCCCGAUCCUCAAAACAAACUCGACGAGACUACAGCUAACAUGAGCGACACAAGGGACAAGUUCGAGUUAAACGAAAAUGGCAUCCCGAACUUUGACCGUCUUCCGCUGCGGAAGGGCGAUCCGAUGCUCGCUGCCUGGGGACUUUACGGAGACAACGAUGAGUUGGGGACAUUGAAUCGGCUCACUGACGCAAGAGUUGCCGCUGCUGCGCGAAGCGAGAUACGGACGGGUAUAAGGGUAUCCAUGAACUGGCCCCUGAAUGCCCAGGAAAAGGGGUCCUUCUUCAACCGGCGCCUGUUCCACCAGGAGAUGUUUGCCAAGCCGCCCCGGACCGUCAACGACGACAUCUGGACCUUCAACUCGCAGUGCUCGAGUCAGUGGGAUGGGCUCCGCCACUUCGGCUACCAGAAGGAGCGGAAAUUCUAUAACGGCGUCACGAUGGACGACAUUCACGCCUGUGAUGUCGAGACUGGCGAGAAGAGCACAGUCAACGGCAUCCAAGCCUGGGCCGAGAAAGGCAUCGUCGGCCGCGGCGUGCUCGUCGACUACAACAGCUGGCGGCUGGCGCAAGGUUACGACGAGAAGAUCAACGUCGCCGACGCCUUCGCGACGACGCCCAUCUCCGCGGCCGACCUCAAGGCGUGCCUCGCAGCGCAAGGCACCGAGGUCCGUUUCGGGGACGUGCUACUCGUGCGGUCAGGGUGGAUGGCCGCACACGCCAGCAAGACCGAGGCCGAGAUCAAGGCCCUGCAGGCCGAGUUCUCGCAGCACCGCUUCGUGGGGCUCGAGCAGAGCGAGGAGAUGCUGCGGUGGAUCUGGGAGAGUUUCUCGGCCGUGGCAGGGGACCAACCAAGCCUCGAGUGCUGGCCGACGCAGAAGGACUGGUCGCUGCACGAGGUCCUCCUGUCCGGCUGGGGCUGUCCGAUCGGCGAGCUGUUCCACCUCGAGAAGCUGGCCGAGGAGUGCAGGCGGCUGAACCGGUGGAGCUUCUUCGUGGCGAGCGAGCCGUGCAAUGUCGAGGGAGGAGUUGCGAGCCCUCCCAAUAUCUUGGCAAUCUUUUGACCAAGGAGGACACUCUAUCUGCCGAGUUUCUUCUGCACGGACGACUAGUUUUGAGAGUGAUUGGGGAUAUGGGGUUGCGUAGGCGAAACUGGUAAUAGGGAGGUGGCUCGAGUAGUCUCAAUCGGCUGUUCUUCGUGGGAAAACAAGACGUUGAGCAGCAAAAGGAGGCGUAGCGGGAGCAUAGUGGGAAUAAUAACUCGGGCCUGGCAUUGGCUGAGGCACGCAGCAUAGUAAUAAGCACAUCUUCUCUCACUAAUCAUACUACCUGAAGC